AUGAAACAGACGCGUCUUAAUAGGAAUAAUAAUAGCACAACUAAAGAUAACGAUUCAAGGAUAUUGAGAAGUAAUUCAUUAUUGGAAGGGAUUGAUUUUGAUUCUUCUUUCAGUGAAGAUAACACCAUUAGUAGUAAGACAGAUACAAGUGACAUAGAACUAGAUAGAGAGGAAGAUGAUGAUGAGGUUGUAUUUGAGAAUUUGAAGGAGGAGAAUAAAGGCGUGAUUGACAUGUCUGAUUUUAGUGAUGAUGAUGAUUCUGCUAUACUUGCAGCAGCAGCAAGAUUAACUGAGAAACGCGAUGCAUCUUCGCCGAUGACGUCCAAACUGAAAUCAAUCAAACUACAACCAUCACGAUCACCUCAACAGGAAUCAAAAGAGUUCAAGCAUCCAAUUACCAAGCCCAUACAAUCAUCUAAAACAUCACGUGGCGGUGGUCUAUUCAAUUAUUUUCCAAGCAAUGCAUUUGGGACAGCCCUACAACAAAUCCGAUUUCAUUCCAAACUGAGUAAACAAACCUCAAGUUAUUCCACCGCAGCUCCAAAUGAACACUUUGACUAUGACCACCACCAGCCACGUUUCUACGAGAUGACUCAAAGACCAGGCAGGGAUAGUUUGGACACAAUAGAACCAAUACGACAUGUAGGUCUGGCUAAUAAGAUAAAAGAAGUGCACACAUUUUCAAAAAAGCAAGAAGAAGUAUUACAAAAAGUGAAAAGGGGAGUUUCAUUAUUCUUUACCGGAUCAGCAGGAACCGGGAAAUCAGUGUUAUUAAAAAAGAUGAUUAGUGAAUUACGGAAAAUAUAUCCCGAUCAAGUUGCCGUUACUGCGUCAACUGGAUUAGCUGCUUGUAAUAUUGGUGGACAGACCUUACAUAGUUUUGCUGGGAUUGGAUUAGGGACAGGAGAUAAAGAGUCAUUAGUUAAAAAAGUUCGAAGUAGUCGAAAAGCUUCUGCGAGAUGGAAAGCGAUAAGAGUACUUAUUGUAGACGAGAUUUCGAUGGUGGAUGGUCAUUUAUUGGAUAAAUUGAAUCAUGUCGCUAAAAAGAUACGAAAAUCGAAUCUACCAUUUGGUGGAAUUCAAGUAGUAUUAUCGGGGGAUUUUUAUCAAUUGCCUCCUGUGGUUAAACAAGUGGAUAAUCGAGGGGAAGAGAUUCUAGAGAAGUUAGAACCAUAUUUCGCAUUUGAAAGUGCAGCAUGGGAAGAAAUUAUUCAGGAUAUUGUUGUUCUUGAUGAGGUUUUCCGUCAGAAAGGUGAUCAAGGGUUUAUUGACAUGUUGAAUGAAAUGAGAGAUGGGAUAGUUAGUGAAUCAGCAAUUAAGAAGUUCAGGGUUUUGGAAAGACCACUUCCGAAUCACGAUGGAAUUACAGCAGCGGAAUUAUAUGCAACCAGAUUUGAAGUUGAAAGGGCAAAUAAACGAAGAUUGGAUCAACUUCCAGGAAUGGAAGUAACAUAUCCAGCUUUUGAUUCAGGAACACUUCCAGAACCACAGAGGCUGAACUUAUUGCAGAAUUUCUUAGCCCCUUGGGAUUUACAUUUGAAGAAAGAUGCUCAGGUAAUGUGUAUUAAGAAUUUCGAUGAGACUCUUGUUAAUGGAUCACUUGGAAAAAUUGUUAAUUUUGUGGAUCGUGAAACAUAUUUAAGUACGGGAAAUACAAACCCAGACGAUAAAUCAAAGACAGUAUAUAAUGCCCCGGUGGAAAGUGAAGAUAAAGAACAGCCAGAUCUUUCGGAUUAUAUCUUUCACGGAAUGGUAGACUGUUGA